CUACUCAAGCUACCGAAGCUACCGAAGCUACUCAAGCUACUCAAGCUACUCAAGCUACUCAAGCUACCAAAGCUACUCAAGCUACUCAAGCUACUCAAGCUACUCAAGUUACUCAAGCUACUCAAGCUACUCAAGUUACUCAAGCUACCAAAGCUACUCAAGCUACCAAAGCUACUCAAGCUACCAAAGCUACUCAAGCUUACUAGCUUAGUAUUAUCUGAUAGUUUUGCAUUUGAUACAGAAACUGAUCGCUCAGCAUUUGACUUAGUUGAUGAUUAAUGAGACUAUAGUCUGAGGAAAAUGACACGUACCGUCAGACUUAAGCCAGGCAGCAUCAUUAGCUUUAUGAAUAAUGACUAAGCUUGUGAAUCCUGAAGUAAACCCUGUUCUUUUUUCAACGCGUUGAGCAUAAGAAACAGCAACGGGAGUAAAUUACGCAGAUUGUCCCUGCAACAUAAAGAUGUCGAUGGUUUAUUGAAUCUGUUACAACCCAACAAUCCUGCAACGAUUGAAAAGCUAGUCGUUUUGGC